AUGGCUGAUGAUUAUCGACAGAAGGGUGUAAGCAACGAAGAAAUUGAGCAGAUGGUUCUUAGAGAUAUUGGAAAUUUACUCUAUUCAAUGGGGAAAGACAUCAAGACCUUCGAUCUUCCAGAUAUUUUGGGUACUGAUGAUAUGGAAAGCUUAGAGCAGAGAGAACUGGCUGAAGAGAUGUCUAUUGUACUUGACAAGAAGGACUUGGAGUUGUAUGAAACUCUAAACAAUGAGCAACGCUUUGCUUUUGAUGAAAUAAUGGACCAUGUAUUACAAAAGAAGAGUAAAGUAUUUUUCAUCGAUGGUCCAGGUGGUACUGGAAAGACAUAUCUUUAUAGAGCUUUAUUAGCUAAAGUGCGCUCCAUUAAGCUAAUAGCCAUCGCAACAGCCACAUCCGGCAUCACAGCUUCCAUAAUGCCCGGUGGUAGGACUGCCCAUUCCAGAUUUAAGAUACCAAUAAACAUUCAAGAGGACACCAUGUGUAACUUCAGUGAGCAAAGUGGAACUGCAAAAUUACUUAACAGAGCAUCUUUAAUCAUUUGGGAUGAAGUUGCUAUGACAAAACGACAUGCUGUUGAGGCACUGGACAGAACCCUCCAAGAUAUUACUGGUCAUAAAUUACCGUUUGGAGGAAAAGUGAUAGUUUUUGGAGGGGACUUUAGACAAGUUCUUCCUGUUGUGAGGCGUGGCACUAGAGCACAGAUUGUAGAUGCUUCUAUUCAGAAAUCUUAUCUAUGGAAAGAUAUAAAACAAAUAAAACUCCAGCGCAAUAUGAGAGGGCACAAUUUGAUCCAUGGUUCUCCGAUUUUCUUCUCAGAAUUGGCAAUGGUACAGAAAAUACAAUUGGAGAAGACUAUGUACAUCUACCAGAAGAGAUAG